AUGGACGAGGCUAUCGAGCAACUCCUGGAAUGGACGACCUCCAUAGGGGUCAAUCUGAACGGCAUCCAUCCGAAAGCUCUCCACGGACGAGGCAUAGGUAUAGUGGCUACCCGGCAGCUCGAGGCCGGCGAAAUCAUUCUCAAAGUCCCCAUAUCGGCUUUGCGCACCCUCAGCAACACUCCCAAGGACAUCACCAAGAAGCUCAGCGGCGCCACUGUCCACACCAUCCUUGCUGCUUCCCUCUGUCUGGAGUCCAGCCCUGAACUUGACAAAUGGCGCCCCGUCUUUCCCUCUCGGCGGGACAUUGCCUCCAGCCUGCCCAUAUGUUGGCCGGCCAAGCUGCGAUCUCUGUUGCCGCCAGGAGCCAAGAUCUUGCUUGCAGCUCAGCAGGAAAAGUUCAACAAGGACUGGGCUCUUGUGGAGGCGGCAUAUCCACAGCUCCAGAAAGAUGAGUAUCUGUACAACUGGCUGCUGGUGAACACUCGAACCUUUUACCAUACGAAUCGCAAGACGGACAAACUGCCCAAGGAAGACCAUAUGGCGCUGCAGCCCGUGGCGGAUCUUUUCAAUCACACCCCCGAGGGAUACUGCACCGCCGCCUUUGACGACAGGUUCUUCACGUUCACCACGACGCGGACACACCAGCCUGGAGAGGAAGUAUUCAUCCGAUACGGACCUCACGGCAACGACAUGCUGCUGGUAGAGUACGGUUUCACACUGCCAUCGUCUCUGAACCCCUGGGACGAAACGUGUCUGGAUCCCUACAUCUGCCCUUCCUUGACCGCUGACCAGCGGGAGCGCCUCGAAGCUGCGGGCUUCUGGGGAAAGUACAUGCUCGACUCUCAGACGGCAUGCUACCGCACGUACGUCGCUCUGCGGAUGCUCUGCCUGCCUCCUCGGCAUUGGCAAGACAUUCUAGAUGGGCUACGGGACGAAGAUGAAGACAGCCCCGUCAUCAAUGCGGCACUGCUGAAGGUGCUCACCAAGUACGACAGCGACAUCACCAGCUCUCUGGAGCAGCUCGCUAGCAGUUCUGUUGGCGAUGAGGAGAUGAGGGGAAGCCUGACGGAUAGAUGGCUCCAAAUCAGACAAUUGGUGACGGCAGCGAUCAAGCGGCUGCAGAGCUAG